CGGCGGUGGAGCCCCGGGGCCGUGGGCAUGAGCCGCCCCGCAGCACCGCCGCGCCCCUGCCGCCCGCCGCUGCCCGCCAGGGGCUAGAGGCGGCCGCCGGGAGGGCACGCGGCGCCGGAGACAUGUCCAGAAGGAAACAGAGCAACCCCCGGCAGAUCAAGCGUUCCCUCGGAGACAUGGAGGCCAGAGAAGAAGCCCAGGCCGCAGACACUGGCCUCCCAGAACAGGAAGCUGCAGCGCCGGAGCCAGAGGCCGUGGGAGAAUCGGAGCCCCUGAGCCCUUCCAGUCCAGAAGUUAAUUCCCUGCUCCCACCACAACCACCGUCCCCCACAUCCCCAGGAGGCCCUGAGGAGACCAAGGGGCAGGAGCCAGAGACGAGUCUGGAGGAGGCAGUCAGCAGCUGGAGUGGGCCAGACGAGCUGGAGCAGGUCCUGCAGGACGGGCAGAAGUGCGUGCGAGCUCGACACAGCCUCACUGAGGGCCUUUCCUGGGGCCCAUUCCGAGGGAGCAUCCAGAGCAGAGCUUCAUCCCCCAGGCAGGCCGAACUGAGCCCAGCCCUGACCCUGCUGCUGGAGGAUGAAGCCUGCUGGCUGAGGACGCUGCCCAGGGCCCUGACAGAGGCCGAGGCCAAUGCGGAGAUCCACAGGAAGGACGAAGCCCUCUGGUGCAGGCUCACCAAGCCAGUGCCAGCGGGUGGACUGUUGAGCGUGCUCCUCGUGGCCGAGCCUCACAGUACCGCCAGCCAUCCUGUGAAGAAGGAGCCCGCAGAGCCUGAGAGCCUGGCCCCCUCCCACACCGACAUCCAGCUCCUGCCCCAGCAGGCCGGCAUGGCAUCCAUCCUGGCCACAGCUGUCAUCAACAAAGAUGUUUUCCCCUGUAAGGACUGCGGAAUUUGGUACCGCAGCGAGCGGAACCUGCAAGCCCACCUCCUGUACUACUGCGCCAGCCGCCAGAGCGCCAGCUCCCCCACCACAGCCGCCAUCGAUGAGAAGCCCAAGGAGCCGUACCCCAACGAGCGCAUCUGUCCCUUCCCCCAGUGCCGCAAAAGCUGUCCCAGCGCCAGCUCCCUGGAGAUCCACAUGCGUAGCCACAGCGGCGAGCGCCCCUUCGUGUGUCUCAUCUGCCUGUCAGCCUUCACCACCAAGGCCAACUGCGAGCGGCACCUCAAGGUGCACACAGACACGCUGAGCGGUGUCUGCCACAGUUGUGGCUUCAUCUCCACCACAAGGGACAUCCUCUACAGCCACCUAGUGACCAACCAUAUGGUUUGCCAGCCGGGCUCCAAGGCUGAGAUCUACUCGCCAGGGCCUGGGCACCCCGUGGCCAAGCACCCCCCAGAGAGUCUGGCCGGCUUCCAGCAGCACACAGCCCUACACGGCCCCCUGGCCUCCGCCGACCUGGGGCUGGCACCCACUUCAUCUCCAGGACUGGACAGGAAAGCCCUGGCUGAGGCCACCAACGGAGAAACCAGAGCGGCCCCACAGAACGGGGGCAGCGGAGAGCCCCCGGCUGCGCCCAGAAGCAUCAAGGUGGAGGCGGCCGAGGAACCCGAGGUGGAGUCAGGGCCCCCACCAACCCCUUCUUCACGGACGCCCUCACCUCCCAGCCCCGCACCCGCGCGUAUCAAGGCCGAGCUGCCCAGCCCAACGCCGGGCUCGAGCCCGGGACCCGGCGCGCUCUUCCUGCCACAGUUCCCCGCAGCGCCCCCGGCCUCGGAGAUCCUGGCCAAGAUGUCCGAGCUGGUACACAGCCGGCUGCAGGCAGGGGUGGGAGCGGGCGCAGGGGCGUCGGCCGGCCUACUCGCGGGGGCCCCCAAGGGCGCCACGUGCUUCGAGUGCGACAUCACCUUCAACAACGUCAGCAACUUCUAUGUGCACAAGCGCCUCUACUGCUCAGGCCGCCGAGCGCCCGACGACGCGCCCCCCGCCCGCAGGCCCAAGGCGCCACCCGCCCCGGCGCGCGCGCCCCCUGCCCCGCCGCCAGCCGAGCCCGACGCGCCAAGCUCGUCACCGGGCCCCGGGGCGCGUGAGGACCAGGCGGGGGACGCGGCCACGUCCGAGGCCGAGGCGGGCAGUCGAGGCAGUGAGGGCAGCCCGAGCCCCGGCAGCGGUGCGGAUGAAGAUGACGACCCCCGCCGGACGCUGUGCGAAGCCUGCAACAUCCGCUUCAGCCGCCACGAGACCUACAUGGUGCACAAGCGCUACUACUGCGCCUCCCGCCACGACCCGCCGCCACGCCGGCCGGCGCCCGCUGCGCCUCCAGGGACCCCUGGGACCCCAGCGCCCUCCGCACCGCCCGUGCGCACGCGCAGGCGCCGCAAGCUCUACGAGCUGCAGGCGGCCAGCCCUGCCCCCGCGGCGCCAGGCUCCGCCUUGCCGGCGCCGGGCCACGCCCCCGAGCCGCCUGGUCUUGCCCCGCCUGCGCCAGGCCACGCCCCCGAGCCGCCUGCGUCGCCGUCGCCGCGGCCCGGAAGCGGAAGCGAGCCGGACCCCUCUGAUGGUCCUAUUGACCUGAGCAAGAAGCCACGACGCCAGGCUCCCGCCACUCCCUUGAACAGCCCCACGCCCGCUCUGCCGUCCCUGGCGGACUACCACGAAUGCACGGCCUGCCGCGUGAGCUUCCACAGCCUCGAGGCCUACCUGGCACACAAGAAGUUCUCGUGCCCCGCCGCACCACGCCGCCCGUGCGCCCCCGAGGACCCCGCCGUCGUGUGCCCCUACUGCCCCCUGAACGGCCUGGUUCGCGGAGACCUCGUCGAGCACUUGCGCCUGGCUCACGGCCUGCUGCUGGGCAAGCCCCUGGCUGGCCCCGGCCCCGGCUCGGAGGCCCGGACUCCCUCUCCUUCUGCCCCCCGGGAGGGCCUAAAUGGCCAGGAGCCGCCCGCGGGCCCUCCUGACAGCAGCCCCCGGCCGGGCCCGCCCGCGGCCCCGCCAACACCCCCUUCCCACUCGGACAAGGGCGUCCAGACCCCCAGCAAAGGGACGCCGGCCCCCUUGCCCAACGGCAACCACAGGUACUGCCGCCUGUGCAACAUCAAGUUCAGCAGCCUGUCCACCUUCAUCGCCCACAAGAAGUAUUACUGUUCCUCGCACGCUGCCGAACACGUGAAGUGACCAGCAGCCACACUGCAGAAGGGAGACCGCUUCACACGCCCUGCUGCUCCCCUGGAUCCAGGGCCCACAGGCCUGCUACUAGCAAAGACAGGAUCACCUUCCAGGCCCCUGGCUCUUGGGGACUCUGGCUCCUGAAAAACGUACCAAGCACAGGCCUCAGCAGAGGGGGCUGCAGGGGGCAGCGCCCACGUGGACCCUUGGCACUUAAUAAAGAAGUUCAGUUUGAUGAG